GAGAUUUUUGAUGACUGCUGAUUGGUUCGUUGUCAGGGCUGGCGCGCUCUGAUUGGUGCACUGGUCAGGAAGGGAAGCGUCGCUUCCUAGUGAGGGGUUAACAUGGGCAGCUAGGUGAAGUCAUGUCAGAAUAACAACAGUCUGGACUCUCAGCGGUUCUUCGCUGGAUUCGCGGGUUUGGCGCCGUCACGGCUGUUCGGGACGUGGUUUCCGGGACUCAGGCGGAUGUUAGUGGUUGUUUUAGCGGUUUUGUCAACGCCUUCCCCGAGCUUUGCGUCAUGUCGGAGGGAUCACCAUGCUAGCUUAGCACGGGGAUUUCUGUCAGGAGCUCGGAGCAUUUGAAUGAUCACAGUCGGGCCCCGGAGCUGCGGGAGCGGGCUGCUUUCCUCUGCUGCCCCGGGAGGGGCUGCAUGUGUGGCGGGAACAGCAGCAGCCAGCUGACGGUCCGACUGUCGACAACCAUGGGGCUGUGGAGAGCGCUGACCUCCCGGAGGCUUCGUGCUCUCGCGCUGCUCCUCGUCGUCUCGGUCCAGGUGGUGUGUGCUGAUGAAGAGCAGUACCAGAGGGAGGAAGAGGAGCUGAAGUCCUACCACGAUCCAGACUCAGAGGAGGAGGACGUCCUUGCCACGGCAGGCUCCUCCCCUUCUCACCCUGAAGAGAACAAGCAGUCAUCUGUGGAGGGGGUGGAGGAGGAGAGCCUCCCUGACCCCCCUGCUCCUGUUCAGGAAAAAGUCAAAGAGGUUCCUGUGGUGAACGGGGGGACCGCCCACGGGGAGCCCUGCAUCUUCCCCUUCUUCUUCCAGGGGAGAGAGUACUCUGACUGCACCACUGACGGACGGCGGGACGGCCGCCUGUGGUGCGCCACAACCUAUGACUACGACAACGAUAAGAAGUGGGGUUUCUGUGAAACUGAGGAGCAGGUCCAGCAGAGGGUGCAGGCGGAGGAGGCGGAGGAGCAGUACCAGACCGUCCUGCGCAUGCUGAACGGAACCAGCAGGAAGGCUCAGAAGAGGGAACUUUAUGAGAAGCUGCUGAAGAUCACAGAGAAAGGUCACCAGAAGGCCACGGAGAAGAUUGCGUACGCCAUGCUGUUUGGAGACUACAUCAACCAAAAUGUCACCAAAGCCAAAGAGCUGUUUGAGAAACUUGCCAUUGACGGCUCUCCCAAAGCUCAGAUGGCUCUUGGGUUUCUGUACGCAGCAGGACUCGGGGUGAACUCCAGUCAAGCUAAGGCUCUGGUUUACUACACCUUUGGUGCGCUGGGGGGAAACCUGUUGGCCCAUAUGAUUCUGGGGUACCGGUACUGGGCCGGCGUGGGCGUUCCCCAAAGCUGCGAGUCGGCACUAACGCAUUACAGGCUGGUGGCAAACCAAGUGGCCAACGAUGUGUCGCUGACGGGGGGGUCAGCAGUGCAGAGGAUCCGACUGCUGGAUGAGGUGGAGAACCCGGGCUCAACCAGUGGGAUGCUGGAGGAGGAUCUCAUCCAGUACUAUCAGUUUCUGGCUGAGAAAGGAGACGUGCAGGCCCAGGUGGGUCUGGGUCAGCUUCACCUGCAUGGAGGCCGUGGGGUGGAGCAGAAUCACCAGAGGGCGUUUGACUACUUCACCCAGGCUGCCAAUGCAGGAAACACACAUGCUAUGGCUUUCCUGGGCAAGAUGUAUUCAGAGGGCAGCACCUUCCUCCCUCAGAACAACGAGACGGCCCUGCAGUACUUCAAGAAGGCGUCUGAUUUGGGUAACCCGGUGGGACAGAGCGGUCUGGGCAUGGCCUACCUGUAUGGAAGGGGAGUCCCAGUGAACUAUGAGCUGGCUCUGAAAUACUUCCAGAAGGCGGCGGAGCAGGGCUGGGUGGACGGGCAGCUGCAGCUGGGCACCAUGUACUACAAUGGCAUCGGCGUGAAGCGGGAUUACAAGCAGGCCCUUAAGUUCUUCAACCUGGCCUCUCAGGCCGGUCACAUCCUGGCUUUCUUUAACUUGGCACAGAUGCAUGCCACUGGGACUGGGGUGAUGCGCUCGUGCCACACUGCAGUGGAGCUUUUUAAGAACGUGUGUGAACGUGGCCGCUGGUCGGAGCGCCUGAUGACGGCCUACAGCAGCUUCAGGGACGGGGAUGCGGAGUCUGCACUGGUGCAGUACCUGCUGCUGGCCGAGCAGGGUUACGAGGUGGCGCAGAGCAACGUGGCCUUCAUUCUGGAGCAAAAAGGAGCAAACAUGUUCAGUGAGAAUGAGACGUACCCUCGAGCUUUGCUCCACUGGACCAGAGCUGCUGCUCAAGGGUACACUGUGGCGAGGAUCAAGCUGGGGGACUACCACUUCUACGGCUUCGGGACAGAUGUGGACUAUGAGACUGCAGUCAUUCACUACAGACUGGCGUCAGAGCAGCAGAACGGCGCUCAGGCCAUGUUUAACCUGGGCUACAUGCAUGAGAAGGGCCUGGGGAUCAAACGGGACAUCCACUUAGCCAAGCGUUUCUACGACAUGGCCGCUGAAGCCAGUCCUGAGGCUCAGGUCCCGGUCUUCCUGGCUCUGUGCAAACUGGGUCUUGUGUAUACCCUUCAGUACCUGCAGGACCUCAACGUGAAGGAGGUCAUCACUCAGGUGGACCUGGACCAGCUUCUAGGCCCAGAGUGGGACCUCUACCUGAUGACCGUCAUCGCUCUACUGCUGGGUACCGUCAUCGCCUACCGCCAGCGGCAGCACCAGAUCAUACUGCUGCCCCGCCCCCCGGCACCCCCAGCUGCCCCUGCAGCAGUGCAGGAGCAACAGCCAGCGCAGCCUGUGGAUGCGGCUCAGGAGGAAACGCCAGCCCAAGGCCCGGUUCAGGAGGAGGAGGAGGAGGAGCACUGAGAGCUGGAGAGCUGCUCCUCACCCAAAAACUGCUCUGCCCCCCUGCCAGGAUCAGACUGUUCUAAAGACGCCAGACUGCCUGCAGGCUGUGCAGAGGAGGGCUGUGACAGCCUUGUCACCAUGGAAACCGCCGUGGCAGAUACAGAGCAUGAUAGGCUGGAUGGAAGGAGAGUGGAGUUGACCUGCUUCCAUCCUGACGCUCAGCACGUCUCCUCCAUCGCUUCAGACUUUUAGUUCAAGUUUCUUUCUGAGUCAGAUGCUUCUUCCCUGUUUUUGGUUCCCCUUGUUCAGUUGCUUUCAGGGCUGGGAUCUGCUGAAGCCCCGCCCCCGUCCACAGUGGAGUCUGAUCCUGCUUAAAUGUAACUGGAGGAAAUGUGAGUGAGGACUCUGACGGACAUCUGUCGGGCGCUGGGGCGUUCAGACCGAGCCAGAGGGACGCUUCAGUCAGAGCUGCUGUGGAUCGUUAGUUCUCCUCCAUCCAUUUGUUUUUAGUUUGUUGCUGUAGACGUGCUGGAUGUGUGCAUGAGGCAGAGGUCUGGACUCUGCUGCGGCGCUGCUCUGGUUGCAUUUUUACCAUCAGUUACGGGUUUCUAAUAAACGAGUGAAUGAAAUGA